UGACAGUUCUGUAAACAUUCCAAGAGCUUGUGUGGUAAGCGUGGUUUAAAAUGGUUGGAAAUUAGCCCAGUCUUUAUUUAUUUUSUGUCAAYUUGGCUCACAAUCGUUGUCAGCUAUAAAMGACUACAAAUGUGUGAACUUUUAAUUUGAAAAGAGGUAAACUUUGAUCUAGAAUAUAACAUUCAAGUUACGAUGCACGAGCAUCAGAACAGGACUCAACUCUACCUCUCAACUCUCAGAGAAAAAAGUUUCUAGUUUAAAACCUAUUUGAAGAUAAAUAAGCAUGACAAAAGGAAACCAGAAGGAAAUUCGCCUUUUGAAGGCCAAAGAUGAACUAGUCUUGUCACAAGCUGCUGUUUUACCAGGAGGCUUUGACAAAUCUGGAAAUCCAAUCCUCAUUCUUCCCCCAAGCAAGUAUCCAAACCUUCUUAAUCUAAGCAAAGAAAACAGACUUCAUUUGCUUAGGUAUUAUGCAUAUCUGUCAAGGUUAUGGUUUUCAAGUACAGCUUUAAGUAUUUUAGUAGAUUUGAGAGAUGCAACCCAGGAAAUCACGUCACUGGUGCUCUCCAUUAUACAAGACUUACAGGUAUCUGUUGGAAAGGUUUCAGUCCUGUAUCUUAUAUUACCCGUUAAUAAAGCUACCAAAAAACACCUUUCAAAGGAGAUUUAUCAGCAGCAAAAAUCAGGUGUACUUUCUUUCCAAAUAACCGUAUUAAAGAGCAAUUUAGACCUCCAAACAUACAUUGAAUCCACACAGCUGAUCAACUAUUUUGGUGGUAGCUUAGAGUAUGACCUUAGUGCAUGGUUUAGUCUGCAAAAGACAUUGGAAGACUUUUACAGUCUGGUUGAAGACAUCAAAGCRCGUUUGCCAAGUGCYCUUGARCAGAUGGUCAACCUUAAGAGACUGGUAACGAGUAGUGACGUCAAUGACCUUGACCUUGUGAUGCAACAAGUUGAAGUCAAGAAAUCACAAAUACGAAGGAGUUUGUAUUUAGAUGAAGCAUUAAGAGAGGGAGAUCUCCUAAUCGAAUACACUGAAAGACCUUAUUUGGAUAACACGUUUUCCCGAAUGUCUAGAUACCCUUUGUUUAAGCCCAUGAUGGCUACGAUCCCAUUGUAUUAUGGGAAACUUUUAGAUGCCAAGAGAAAGAUGGAUAGGAUAUGGAAUGAAUCAAAUACAGAGAUUGAAAUGGGAAAACAAGUCAAUGUGGUGCAACUGGAAGARAAUAUGAGAAAGAUUAUUAGAUGGAUUCAGCAAGAAGGCAGUUUACAACUUGAAAGACAUAAUACUAUACCAAAUUCACUUAAAGAAGCUCAAUUUCUGCGUCACAAGUUCGACAAAGAUAUUAAUCCAGUUGCUCAGGAAAAAAUAUCACAAGGCAAAGAAAUACUUCAACAGGUCAACCACGUGUCUCAUGCGAGCCAAUCAGAGCAUAGUUCGGUCCAGGCCACCGCACAAUUACUAGCAAAAUCUUUAACGACAUUUAGUCAGCAGUUGGAUGACAGAAAGAGUCAAUUUGAAGUUUCCUUUAAGUAUUUCUCUUUGAUUAAUAAGGCGGAGAACUGGUACCAACGUGCCUCAGAAUUCCUAUCAAACCAAAAAAGAACCAAUCAKCCAACCCGAAGAUCCCCUAAUUACCAACAUUCCCUGGAGGACUUYCUCCGCAGCAACCCUCCCCUCCCUAGAGACGAAUUACAGGCUAUAGUUAUUUUAGGGGAUCGUAUGGAGAACGUUCGUCAGGGAAACAAUUCGAGAUUGCUCGCGACAAGGUGUGAGGAACUUGAACAGCUACUGAAGUCACCUAAAAGACAAGCGUCCGAAUACACGUACAUCGAUGAACGUGAUAGCGGGAUUUAUAGCUUGAAGAAUGGUCUCAGAAAGUCUAAUGAAACAUUACAGCGGCAUGGAGCGCUAGACAAUGCUCAACGAAGUACCACCCCCAGAGGUCACCAUUUAAGGGGUGUUGAUGGUAGAGGAUCAAGUCCUAGGGGGGRCGGGACAGUACAGACCAGCCCUUCAAGACCCCAAGGAAGAUAUUUUCAUGAAGACGCGGGGGAAGAGAUGAAAGGAUUUUGUUCUCAAAGAAACAAAAGAAACAGGCAAGGACCAGUAAGGCAGCUGGCACGUGAUGAAGAAACUUCAUCAGCGUACUCAACGUACGGUAUUCCAAAACAGAGCAUGCGCAAUAGGCAACCUUCAAGCGGCAAAGCAGCGCGCUUACUUGAAGAGCAAAGAAGACUUGAGCAGGAGCUGAAAGAAUUGACUGACAGACGAAAAAAURCAWCCUCUUUAAAUUUACAUGCUACCGAUGACCACUUUGAACUGCAGGCUCGAAAUGUAAACUCACGUCAAUCAAAAACYGAUUCAUCGCGAUAUCAGGGGAGGACAUCCCAUCCUCCUUCRCGAGCAGGGUUACGUCCWGAUGACGUAAUAGACGUAGAAGUGGCUAAUCUACUUCGUUCCGAAAGAGUACCGAAUGCAAUUAUGGAUCAUUACCGCGAUGGACGGACUGUUCUUCCAGCUGAAUUAUCCAUGGCUAAAGACGAAGGAUACGAGGAAUUAUCUGUUGACUACCCUGUGGAGUAUUUACGAUAUCCGCCCGAUAAUCGACCAGAUCGACCAAUCAGGAUUCUUUUUUCCGCGUCAUCACCCGAAUAUGACUCCAUACUUUCAAGACUAAAAACUUCGGAAAGUGUACUUAGUUAUUACGAAGAGCUGCGCGCUCAGGAAAGUCACCUAAAAGAACAGAUUCGUCUCUACCGAAGAACUUUAGAGCAAAAUAUUGACUUGACAUCGAGGCAAGACAUUGAACAAAAGUAUUUCGAUGCCCAACGCGAGUUGAACGUAAUGGAGAAAGAAUUAGUUAAGCUGUUCACGUUCUUGUCACCUGAAAUGAUUCAAUUAUUAAGGAACAGCGAAUCAAAGAAAGGGUAUUUGUCUAGUGGUGAUCACGUGGUACAUCACUCUCCGUAUGGGAUUAUGGGUAGGCAAACGGACUCAUUAAAGGCUUUUGAUAGUCACGUGACGACUUCACUCGAUUAUAGUAUUAUGGGUAACCAGUUUAAUACGACGUUUGGUAAUAUGCCGAGUCAUUCCAUGGGUAAUCAAAAUGUGUCUUCCCAUCACGUGCCGCAUCUCACCAAUCAAAAUGCAGUACACAUGCCUGUCAAUCAUCCUCAUAAUGUAACACCAAACGAUCGCAGAACUACGUCAUAUGCUGGUAAUGACGUUUACGGAAUGAAUGGAAUGCAUGGAAUGACUGGUAUUUAUAGAUUGAAAGGUACAGGUAGUCAAGUCGGUAACCAUGGUAAUUGUGGUGCGCACAAUCAUUUCCAGGAAAAUCCAGGAAUGAAUUCUGUGCAUAAUGUAUCGUCCAUGGCAAACAUUGCUCCUAUAUUCCAGACACGUGAUAUUAACAAUACGAACACUGAUAACCAAGGUCACGUGACUAUAGAUCCAAGAAAGUCACCUCUGUCGACGUCACUCGAGGAUAAACAGACGCAAACGUUUGGAAGUGACACAGGACAUAAUGAUCUGAUUGCGUUACAUAAGAAACGUCGCGCAAAAGGGGAGGCUARCGUGACAGAACUUGAAGACUUGAGAUCAGAUCAAGRUYUAUUACGUGGAAGUGAUCAGGAAUCUAAWAUAGAUGCUGGCGUUACUCUAGUCCAURAAUCAAGGCAUGGUCAAAGUCCUGUCCAUAGUGAACCAAAUGAUAGGGUUAUGUUUCAAGAUAAAAGUCACGCAAAACGAGACGUUGGCGUGACUGAAAAUGAAGAACUCGGACAUAUUGAAAUUCCGGAAGAAAGUAGACAAAAUAAUUUGAUUGUUUUGCGUGACUCAGAAGUACACGCUGAGGUUCCUAAAAGUGAUGAACAACAAAAUGUCACGCCCCAGAGGCGGCCGGUUCCUCUGCCCAGAGAUCGUACUUCAAGGAAACCUAGCCCAGGAGACGUCACCUCCGUCAACUUGAAUGAAAUGAAAAAGGAACGAAAGCUGCCACAACCUGUCCCUCGUACUCAGACAAACACAAACUCUACACCCUCACCACCCAAACAGCCUAGUUUCGACGACACAGAAGUCAGGCAACUMCAAGAAGUCUUCGACCGCGAACAGAGAGAACUCCAAGACGUAUUAGACCAGCAACGACAAAUGUACAAGGAAGAACAAAAACGAAUACAACAAGAAGAGGAAAAGCAACAACAAUGGCUACAAAAACAAAAACAAAGAGAACUGGAGCGACAACAACGCAUGCGUGAAAMUCUUGCUAACAAAGCCAAACAAGUCGAAGAACAGCAACAAGAAMUGACAUCAAAAGAGUCUAAAGAUAACGCUGAAGCUCCUAACGAUGUCAGACAGAAACGUCUCAAGUACUUCAAAUCCCGUACAAACACACAAACCAUUGAGAUCGUUGAAUCUCCUAAACCAAGUCCCAGACCUCCAAGUGACAAAAUCGAAUCGUCACCAAAUAUGGGCAAAACUAGACCCAGGAAACACAGCCCAUCUUCGGGCGCUAGUUCGUCAGUGGGCAGCAUACAAGACAUAGACAUUGAGCAAUCGGACUUCAUAAGUGAUGAAAGUCUUAUUUCAACAGAACAAGAGCUUAUUGAGUUAUUGAAAAAGGCGUAUAGCGAUGAGCUGGAUCGAAAAGAUACGACCGAUAGCUCGGAAGAGAUUGAACGAUUUCGUUCGACCCCAACCGACGAAGAACGAGAUGAAGUCGAUGGAACUAAGGUCCAAGCUAAUCAAAAUUCGUCAAACGUCAAUGAAUUGGAAUCCUAUCCUUCUCAAAGAGGGAGAAAUAGUGAUUCAGAUCAAGUGUUCUCGAACGACACCGAGAACGUUAUGGAAGACUUACAGCUGGAAAUUGAUGACAACAACAAAGGAAUGUCGAGUAGCAAUUCUCUUGGUGAAGAACAAGAUGACAUUGAAAAAACUGAGAGUAAAAAAUCGGAUGAAAGAAAUGAGAGAAUGAGACAUUAUUCUCUUUCAAGUGUAGAGAGAGAGGCGCUGGAAGCAAGCGCUCUAAGCGAGGAAGACGACGACACUACUGAUAACAAGACCGCUUCCAUGGAGGAAUUUGAGUUGUUAGAAAAAAUGUUCAAAGCAGAAAAAGAACAGCAACUUCAGACGCUACCAGAAGACAGAGAGCUUUCCAUUGGUCAAGAAGAGACCGACAAUGUGGUGGACAACCUACCAUCUUCAUUAGAUGAGAGUGGAUUGCUUGAUGAUGCAAUGAAAAUUGAGAAAGAACAACAUUUGUUAAAAAUACAACAAGAUUCCGAUGACGACUCUCUCGAAGACAUUAAUUCAGAUGACGUUACAACCAAGGUUGAGAAUCACGUGAUGACGCCUGAUUUAUCACGUGACGAGAGACCGCAAAUAGCUCUCGAGAAUAAUCCAAAUUUCUUAACAGAUAUAAAGUCACCAAUCAAAACUACAAAUGACGAAGCUUCUGAUCCAAGAAAAAACCAUAAUUCAGAAACACGUUUAGAACAAGAUGASUUGCUAGAUCUCAUUGGUUCAGAAGAUAGUGGCGGAAGUGACGUAGAAAAUGACGAAUAUUUCUCAAAUACCGGAAGUAAUGUGGAAAAGAAUACCAACCUGCCURGUGCGCAGUCAAAUCAUACUGAGCGCAUGACUCCUGCAUAUGCAACCGCUGGUCGUGUGAGCCAAUCUGCYCCAKUUUUACCUGUUGUAACACCGUCCACAGAACAYAUUGCUGCUUUUGAGCGCUGUGGUGGCAAUGUUAUCGUCAUUGACAAUGGUUCAGGGAUGUGUAAAGCUGGUUUCUCKAACGAGGAGUAUCCACGAGUUGUUUUUCCUGCUGUCGUUGGUCGUCCACACUACAAGGAAGCGAUGGCUCAUGAGUACCAGGACAGUUAUGUUGGUGAUGCAGCACAGAGCAUGCGUGGUGUGUUGUCUCUCAAUUAUCCAAUGGAACACGGUAUUGUUACUAACUGGGAUGACAUGGAACUGGUAUGGGAGAAUGCGUUUGACCAACUUCGCGUCAUGUCCUCAGACUAUCCCGUYAUGCUUACCGAAGCUCCACUCAACCCUAAACGAAACAGRGAACGUAUGCUCCAGCUCAUGUUCGAGACAUUCAACGUGCCAUGUGUCUACGUCGCUGUACAGGCAGUAAUGGCACUUUACGCCUCGGGACGAACYACUGGAACUGUGUUUGAUUGCGGGGACGGCGUUAGUCAYACUGUCCCUGUUUAUGAAGGAUACAUGCUGCCUCACGCGACGCAGAGAAUGAAUCUYGCAGGCCGAGAUAUUACAAGYUUUUUACAAAGACUUCUYACUGAGCGUGGGUACUCGUUCAAAACAUCAGCUGAACGUGAGAUUAUACGUGAUGCUAAAGAAGAGCUGUGUUAUGUUGCUCAGGAUUUUGRAAGAGAGCUCGAUGARUCGGAAACGAGYGAUGACUGCGAGGCGCUGUAUACGUUACCGGACGGAAGUUCAUUGCGUAUUGGAAAUGAACGAUUCCGUGCCCCUGAAGCGUUGUUCCAGCCUGGCAUGCUGGGACAGGAUAUUGAUGGAAUCCACGAAUCRAUCUUUAAAUGUAUAAAGAAAUGUGACAUUGACAUCAGACAAGACUUACUUCACAAUCUACUUCUCUCCGACACAACCACCAUUAAGCUUUGAAGGCUGAACGUCGUUGAAAUCGUCCAUCCAGCCACAUGGCAUCAGCUAAAAGGGUUAUUCUGUGGUCUGCUCCAAGA